AUGGUCUUGCUUUUCACAUUGACUUUCUGCGCACUCAGCACUGCGGUUUUGUCGCAUCCUCAUGCCCACAAGCCUCAUCCCCUUGUCCUGAAGAUUCCAAGAACUGCGGAUGGUGCUUCUAUACCGCAUUCGCCAGACUAUUCGUCCUUCAGCUUCGAGCCGGCCUUCUGGGUCGAGUUCUUUGGAAAUGCAACUCGUCCGAAUCAGUUUACUUUCAAAGCUCUCUCCACCCUCCACGCUCAUGGUGGGCGACCGGCCAUCCGUCCGGGCGGAAUUACAAUGGACUCGAUGAUAUACAACGAGUCGGCUGGCGAUCCAGUCCGGACAACCAACGAGAAUGGGGGUGUCUACCGCACGACGGUUGGACCAGCCUACUAUGAAAGCUGGGCCAACUUCCCAAACGGAACCGAGUUCAUAUCCACCCUCAACUUCGGCAACAACAGUCUAGAUAUCGCACGAGACAUGGCGCUUGCUUCCAUCACGUACCAGCCAGAUCUCAUCAAAGCGUUUGAGCUGGGGAACGAGCCAACGAACUAUGAUGCCGAACGCUGGGCAAACAGCACAGACGAAUACGUCGCGCAAUGGAAACAGUGGACUUCAGCAAUCGAUCAGGCUGUGAAUGGUCGAGCAGCGACCGCAGUCGGCAGUCAGUGGGGCACGGACAGAUGGUGGGCGUCUUCUGCAACCACAGACGAGACUCCCCUUCACGUCCGCCCUGCCGAUAUCAUUCCCGCCGGAAUUGAUUCUCAACAGCAAGUCUCAGACUACUCCAUCCACUCGUAUGCAUUCGCCACUUGUGAUCCCGAACGUGCAGCACUAGCCACCAUUCCCAACAUCCUCAACCACACUCACCUCGUCGAAUACGCCGAUACCGAAAUCCUCCCCUCGGCCAAGGCAGCCUUAGACUCUGGCCGACCGUGGAUUAUCGGAGAGUUCAACAGUAUUGCCUGUUCUGGCGCCCCGAACGUCUCCGACACCUUCGCGCAAGCCUUAUGGGAAGUGGAUACCGAGCUCAUCUACGCCGUCCGCAACGCUUCUGCUUGCUACUUACAUCAAGGUGCUACUCUGGUGUUCCAAAGCGAUCAGCAAAGCAACACUCCUGACGAAGAUGGAAAGCCUGGCUUUUCGACGUAUAGUAUGCUGUAUCCGGUGGAGACGGCCAAGCGCGGUCCGCAACGUACUUUACCGGGUUUCGCUGGCUUGCUCUUUCUCGCUGAAGUCUUUGCUGGUAAUGCGACGAGGGUACGAGCGCUCGAGACGCCGAGAGAUCUGGACAACGAGCAUUUUUCUGCUUAUGCUUUCUACGACGCCGACGAGCUCAGUAAACUUGUUCUGAUCAAUAUGAAGCCCUACUAUGCCAAUUCCACUGACGACUAUACCGUGGAGUUUGAUAUAUUUGCGAGUCAGAAGCGCUUUGCUUUUAGACAAUCGAAUGGGAUGCGACAGCGAAAACCAGUAUAUCUCAAAAGAUUGACUGCACCGACAGUGGACGAGAAACGCACGGAGCGAGUCACUUGGGCCGGUCAAUCGUUCAAGACCGCCAGUCCCGAAGGCGAUGUGCACAUUGAGCGAGUGGAUGCUGACGGAAUUGUGAAAGUACGAGGUAGCGAGGCUGUACUCGUUCUCUUUGACGAGACCCAAGUAUGCGACUUGUCCCGGACCGUGUGA